GUCAGCCCACAGACUGACAGCUCGCUGCUCGACAUGUCGCGUCAAUGAGAGGGGCGAGCCGGUUUGAUCAGAACCAUCCUCCGGAUGCCUUGAUGGAUUAAUCCGACGUUGACUAACGGUCAUUUGCCGGUGUUUUGGAUCCGUCCACACGCCCAUGCGACGUUGUCGUCGGAUGUUGCUGCCUUCCGUUUGCAGGUUCGGUUACUGUAAACAGUGUCGGGACGGAAAACCGGUUGCGGACACCUGUAGGCCUUACAUCAGCGUCGGUAUGAUUAAGCUAUAACGCGAGUGUUUAUUUGUGUUGUAAUGGCUAAAAAUAAUUGAUGAAAUACCUUCACUCGUUUUGUACACUAGCAUCUCCGCAAUCCCUAUUCUAUGCAGCGUGACAACUGCUUCGUUUUCGUUCAUCACUAUCCUUUUUUGAAUGCGACCGCUUGUUACUAACGUCGCCUUAAUAAACCCGAUUCAGGCCGCUGUGCGCGCUCACUGCUCGGACUGGAUGUUGGACGGUGCCUCAUUACAGCUGUGGAUGAAACUCCUGCUUCCAGCUUGAUACCACAAUUCCCUCUUAAAAUGAACGAACGUUGAAUGGGCUCCCGCACAGCCAUGCACACGGGAUUUAACAGGGACCGACACGGCGGCAUGGAGGACUAAAAUCCGAGGAUCCAUCCGAACACCACUUUCAUCUGUGCAGACGGAGAACCGGGUCCAUGUUGAUAGAGAUGGCUGGCGGGGGAGGUGCAACCACAGUGGGCUGUUUGAGAGAUAAUGAGGACCCCUGCUUAGAGGCUUUCAGGCAGCUCAACCACAGACUGGCGUUUUUAUUGGCGGUCUGAAGGGAGCCUCAUCCAAAAUUAAUCCAGGCAACAGUCAUGUUAUGAUUAUCCAGAACCAAUGGGCUGAUUUUAGCACCCUUUUGUUCAAGUGAAGACAGAACCUACAUUUGAAGGGCAUCUUCUUCAAAACACCACUUGGGAGACAAUUAAACAAUGACCCAAUUCAAUUGACUCGUGGACCACCACAAUGGGAUUUGUCCAAGUAAUUGCUAAACUCCUGCUGCUUUAGAUAAACUCAUAAUCAGAUCUAGCUCUGCAGCCGCUGUGACAGGACCGGAAAGACAAUUGUGAAAACAAUCAAUCCGGGUCUCGCGGAAUAUGUCAUUGACAUUAUUUAACCUGAUGGUCACUGCCCCUGAAUGAACUUGCCUUUGGGAGUACAAGCUACCAAACACUGGCGAGGAGCAGCCCAUCAGCAACUGGUGACCAAGCGAUGAGAUGUUGUGAUGGAGAAGAGCAGCAUCGCUCCUUGAUUCUCUGAUCUCCUCACCACCGGUGGUCGAGGACACCUAGUCCUAGUCGAUGGGCCCUGUAUGGGUUUCUUGCCUGACUUUACUAAAGGCAGGCCUGAAGUGUCUAACAUCUACCGGGCUGCUAUGAAUCCAUUCGGCAGACCCGGUACCACAGUGACCCCCAUGUCCUGUUCCAACUGUGGGGGUUGCUGCUCCCCACCUCCUCCUUGCCUUAUCCCUCCUGGUCCCUUCUCGUCCUCUACCUCAUCCAUCCCGUCAAACAUCACCCCUCCUCCAUCGAUGUAUCCGGCACCUGUAUUGCAGGUGGAGAAUGGUAGCAGCUGGAACUCGUCCUUUGGUUCUCCAGACUCUCACCCGGACCAUUGCUGUGGUCCCACCAAUCCAUACUGGACUGCAGUGUUCGAUUAUGAAGCCACAGCUGAUGAGGAGCUUACACUACAUCGAGGGGACCUGCUUGAGGUCCUCUCCAAAGACUCUAAAGUGUCCGGUGAUGAGGGUUGGUGGACUGGUAAGAUCCAGGACAAGGUUGGCAUUUUCCCCAGCAACUAUGUUACAAAAGGGGACACGACAAACUACCAGCAGCUUACGGUUGGAGGUCUUGUACCUGGUGGGGUUGGUGAAUGCCCUUUGGAGAUAGACUUCUCUGAACUGAUUUUAGAGGAGGUCAUCGGAGCUGGGGGAUUCGGGAAAGUCUACAAGGGAGUAUGGCAGAAUGAGGAAGUAGCAGUCAAGGCCGCGAGGCAAGACCCCGAUGAAGAUAUCAGUGUUACAGCAGAGAGUGUACGACAGGAGGCCCGGCUGUUCUGGAUGCUCAGACACCCCAAUAUUAUUGCACUACGUGGAGUUUGUCUAAGGGAGCCCAACCUUUGCUUGGUGAUGGAAUACGCAAGAGGAGGCGCGCUGAACCGAGCUUUGGCUGGGAAAAAGGUCCACCCCAAGGUUCUGGUGAACUGGGCUGUCCAGAUUGCUACAGGGAUGGACUACCUUCACAGCCAGGCAUUUGUACCCAUCAUCCACAGAGACCUCAAGUCCAGCAAUAUCCUCAUUCUGGAGCCACUGGAGCGGGACGACCUGAGCGGCAAAACACUCAAGAUUACAGACUUCGGUCUUGCCCGCGAGUGGCACCAGACAACCAAGAUGAGUGCUGCGGGCACUUACGCCUGGAUGGCCCCGGAGGUCAUCAAGCUCUCUCUCUUCUCCAAGAGCAGCGAUGUGUGGAGCUUCGGUGUGUUGUUAUGGGAGCUUCUGACUGGAGAAGUCCCGUACCGAGAAAUCGACGCACUGGCAGUUGCGUAUGGCGUGGCUAUGAACAAGCUGACCCUCCCCAUCCCCUCAACCUGCCCCGAGCCUUUCGCCCAGCUGCUGGCAGAGUGCUGGAGCUCGAUUCCACACGGCAGACCCUCCUUCAGCAGCAUCCUGAGGCGACUACUGGCCAUCGAACAAUCGGCCAUGUUCCAGAUGCCCCUGGAGUCCUUCCACUCCUUACAGGAAGACUGGAGGCUGGAGAUACAGCAGAUGUUUGACGAGCUGCGAGCCAAAGAAAAGGAGCUGAGGUCUUGGGAGGAGGCACUGGCUCGAGCUGCCGAGGAGCAGCGUGAGCAGGAGGAGCAGCUGAGGAGGAGAGAGCAGGAGCUGGCGGAGCGUGAGAUCGACAUCGUGGAGCGUGAGCUCAACAUCAUCAUCCAUCAGAUGUACCAGGAGAAGCCCAGCGUCAAAAAGAGAAAAGGCCAUUUCAAGAAGAGCAGACUAUUGAAACUGGGCAGAGACGGCAACUGCAUUAGCCUGCCCUCUGGAUUUGAACACAAGAUCACAGUGCAGGCGUCUCCUAGCGUUGACAAGAGGAAGAUGCAGGGGAGCGAGAGCACGACCCCUCCUGCCAGCCCCGGGGUCAUUCCCAGACUCAGGGCCAUAAGAUUGACACCAAGUGAUGGGAGUAAGACAUGGGGGCGCACUGCUGUGUGCAAGAAAGAGGAUCUGACCACCUGCAAGAAGAAGGGAAGAACCUGGGGCCCCAGCUCCACUCACCAGAGGGAGAGAGUCGGCGGGGAGGACAAACUGAAAUCUCUGGGUGAAGGAUGCAAAGUUUGGUCAUCCAGUGCACCUAACCUGGGCAAGUCCCCGAAGCAUGCACCAAUGACUGCAGCAUUCUCCAGCCUCAAUGAAAUGGAAGAGUGUUGCGAGUUCGAGGUGUCACCUGGAUCUCUGCAGCCCUCAGAGUCCAGCAGUAACGGGGUCCCGGAUGAUUCUGGGUCAUUGUGGAGUAGUCUGAGUUACGCCACGGUUCCCGUGGGCGGGUCCACCAACACUAGCUCCAGUUUGGGGUUAGGGGCUGUCGGGUCUCAGGACUCCCUGCGGCGCUGCAGCCAGAGGAAGAAGAGUGACAUGUUGCUAUUGGGCUGUGCUUCGCUGCUCGCAUCUGUGGCACUGGGACAAGAUCUGCUGCAGCUCGGGAAACUGCAGGUUCUUCAAGAUGAGCAGGAUCUCAGAGAGGAACAGCGCAAGAAGAAAGAGGGUCUUUUCCAGCGAACGGGACGUUUCCGCCGCAGCACAUCUCCUCCGAGCAGAAACCUCUCCCUCUCUCUGAGCCGACACCAUGACUCCACGCUCCCCUGUCUGGACCCGUCCCCCUCAGUCACCCUUCUUUCUCUGUCCUCGCUGUCUGACUGUAACUCCACCAAGUCCCUUCUUCCCUCUGACCCGGAUGAGUAUCCCAUGACCCCCAUGUCAGGGGUGAAAACACCGGCAGUUCCGACUGCGCCUGCCCUGAAUCCGCUCUUGGACUUGCGGGCGGAGAGUUUCAAGAAGGAGCCCAACCAGUCGCUGACCCCUACUCAUGUCUCUGCCACCAUGGCCAUGAACAGAGGACACAGACGGACUCCAUCAGAUGGCGCUAUCAGACCCAGAGCUCAGACUUUAGGGCACCGCAGGACACCAUCAGAUGGAAGCAUGCCCAUGCCUCCGCCACCUGGGAAGGCUAUCUUAACAAACCACAAAGGUGGACUGGACAAGUUAGACAUCCCUCGACUCCCCGACCCAACCACCGUCUUUCCUACUCCUAUGCGACGUAAAGCCCCGGCUCCACCAAUCCCUGACCAGAGUGCGCAUUCCCUUAUCAGUCCGUUGGAGAGACCUAAGACUCUAGAGUUUGCCCCACGGCCUCGGCCCACUCCGGCCCGGAUGAGAGCCGACCCCUGGAAGCUGGGCUCACUUUCUCGGACGCUGAGCUCGUCUCCGGGCAGCAGCUGCGAAAGCCCCCUUGGGUCGGGGGACAGCAGCGCCAGCACGGCGAAACAGAACCUAAUGGACAUGGACAUGGAGGGUCAGAACUUGGACCACACCGUUCCAUUAUGUGGUAAGCUGCAGCCGGCCACUCUCUGUGGACAACAGUACUCCUAGUGAGAGGUUCGCUCUCAGAAGAUUCCGGCUCUCACUGAGAGACGUGUCCAGCUCACCGACCUGCGCCUGCAGUAAGGUCAAGACGCCUCUUGAAGCCUUGUAGUGUCCUCAGUGACCUAUGAUCUAGUUCUAGCUGCUGCUCCCAUUGAAAUCAUUCUGAACUAACGCUUAACCUGCGAUCAGUCAAUCUGCUUGUGUUCCUUGUCUCCCGUCGGCGUAAUUUCACUCGUACAAACAAGAACUUUUCCUCUGUGAGGGCUGGGCAACGAGAACUAAUGCAUGGGCUUUAGUGGAAACUGCUUUUCCGGAUUGUUUUUUCUGACUCGUGGAAUCAGACAGUCAGAUUUGAUGACCAACUUAUAUUCUGUUUUUCUACAUGUUUCCAUUAGUGAGACGCACAUCUGGGCAUAAAAUGUCUAUGAUAGUACCUUUCAAAUCUACAAUGGUUUGAUCUGUCAAUAGAAUUGUUUUUUUUUUUUUUUAUAA